UAUGUCUCCUGUAUAAUACUGUAAGUAGCAAAGGAUUGUGGGAAAAUAUAUGCGUAGUACUGUAAUUCCUCUGUACUGUAAUUCCAUUUACAGUAGAGAAAAUGGCCGCGAAAAAUUUAAAAGAAAUAGUCUCUGCCAUUGGUCAGCUGUGAAAAUCUGACCAAUGAUGACAUUCUGACAAGGGAAACGCAAGUUUUAUUUAAGCGUUGGUGGAAGAGGCGGUUAAAAACGCGCCAGGAAAGAUUCAAGUUGAAAAAAGCUCGCGGUCUGGAUUUUACUCUUGUUUGGAACGACGUCGGAGUUGUUUUGAAGGAUUUCUGUGGCAGUUACCUCGAGGAGGGCAAACCAAGAUAAAUGAAAAGAUGGACCCAGUGGAGGACAUCAUCAAGAAAGCGCUACCCAUGCUUCAGAAGAGGGAUUAUAACAAUCUUUUAACACAUUUGACUGGUAUGGGUGUUUGGGGCAGACAGUCAUCAAGACCUUACUUCUGGCCAGCAAUCCAUCUCUUCAAUAGGCUCUUCAUUUUCAGGCGAACCAGCCAAUGUCCCUAUUCAAGUGUCUGACUGGGUUUCAUCGUUUGAAGUACCAUGGGAGAAAAUGCCACCAAAUUUGCGACAAUGCCUUGCACAAGGCCAGCGACCCCGGAAGCAGGAGCAUUUAGCAAUGGUGAGAACUAUUGUAGACUCGAUUCGAGAAACAUGCUUGAAUCCUACUAGAAGCCACUGUUCCGAAAUUGCAAGAAGAGUUACUGAAAAAUACCCAAAAAGCUUUGCCGAUGUAACAAUGGAAGGAGAGCUAAUUGGCUGCGGAUAUGGAUCCUUGUUAAAUCAGAUAAAAACAAGGGCUGAACAUCUCAAUCGUGACAACACUCUUGUGAGAGUUAGAAGAGCAAAACGUUGCAUUAGUGACAACGGGUCUACACCCAGCAGUGAGAUUACCCCAUCCAAAUGUUCAAAAACAGAUAGCUACGGCUGCAUCAACUGGCAACCAGUUGACCUCCCUCAAGGUGAGACUCCAGAAUCAGUAGAAUUGAAAAGAGAGGAAAUGGUUAAGUUAUUUUCUCAAGAGGGACCAAGAGCAGCAGAACUUGGUCAUGUGGAAGAACUGAUGAAAACAACAUAUGUUUCUCAGCGCUAUGCCAUCAAUAAAAUCUCCCCACCCUGCAUUGAUGAACUCAAAGAACAGUGGCCAUUUCUUUUCAUGAAGAGAAAUUUGUGUGAUCACUUCAACACUCUGACUGGGAUUGAUAUUAACACUAGACUCACAGAAUCUCUCAGCACAAAAGGAAAGAAGGUGCUACAUUUUUUUAAAAGUAAACUUCAAAGAUGGAAAGAGGAUGUCAGAAACGUCCUGAAAGACAUAAAUUGUGCUGAAAAAGGAGAUAUCGACUAUGGUGUUGCAUCUAUGAUUACCCUAAUGGCGUAUUACAGAGAGAAGCAGGAUUCACUCUUUCUUUUGGCUGAUGUCACGUCAACUGAAGCAGAUGUACAGGGAAGCCUCACUUUGCCUACCACGCCAAGGCUGAUUGCACUUGGAGAUUCCAUUCUUCAUGCCAAGAAAUGGAUGCUGACUAUGGAGGGCAGAGUCAUAAUCGAGCCACAAGAGCUAAGCAAUUUUCAGUCGGCAUUAGCUGUCUUGUUUGGCUGCUACUAUACAUUCAAUGUGCAGUAUCAGGAAGAGGCAUCUGCUACGCUGGAAUUCAUUCAGAGAUUCAUUCUGAGAAUCAAUCCAGAUGGGACGAAAUGCCAGACAAGGACACAGAUCAGCCGGACAUCUGGGAAAAGGGUGCAAAAAAAAAGGUACCUGCCUAAAUCCUCAUGUUGCAUCUUUAAUCAGAGAGCUCAUUGACUUUGAUUGGCAAAAUUACUCAUAAAAAACCCAACUGACAACAAUUUAAAAAACGAGUAACGCUUUAUAAUUUCAUUCUAUUUGUUCACCUAACACACAAUGAUCUAAAAUGAAUAAACAAUGGACAAUUCUGGACAAUUUUAGGUCAACACAGUUCAUGCAAAGUGUUAUCUGUUGUUGUGGAAGGCUUGUUGUGCUUUUACCAAUGUUUUAAAUGUAGCCAUGUUUCAAACACCCAAGAAU